AUGCGCUUCGCACACGAUGUUCUCUCACUAUGCGCAUGCGCAUUAUCACCAUACCGGCGGAGGCUGAACUGUAGCAGCUUAAACGAAGCAGGGAUAAACCAGACCGUUUUCACAGACAGCGCCAUGAGUCAGGGAAAGGACAAUGCACGUCUCAAAAGCUAUAAAAACAAAUCACUCAACACAGACGAGAUGAGGAGGAGGAGGGAAGAGGAAGGCCUGCAACUUCGCAAACAAAAGAAAGAUGAACAACUGUUCAAGCGCAGAAAUGUGGCCACAGUGGAGGAGGAUGGAACACUGGAAGAGGAUGGAAUGUCAGACAGCGGAUACCUGGAAUCACAGGCCAACAACAUGGACCAAAUCACGGGAAGCGUUAUAUCUGAGGACAUGAUACAAAUGAUCUUCUCUAGCUGUCCUGAACAGCAACUUAUAGGAACACAGUGCUUCAGAAAACUCUUAUCUAAAGAACCUAAUCCGCCCAUUGAUGAGGUCAUUGCCACCCCUGGCGUCGUGGACUGUUUCGUUGAGUUCCUGAAGAGGAGGGAGAACUGCACGCUACAGUUUGAAGCAGCGUGGGUUCUGACCAACAUCGCUUCAGGCACAUCCCUCCAGACACGCGUGGUCAUCCAGGCUGGGGCAGUGCCCAUUUUCAUUGAGAUGCUCGCCUCUGAUUUCGAAGAUGUACAAGAGCAGGCGGUGUGGGCUUUAGGCAACAUUGCAGGAGACAGCACAGAGUGCAGAGACUAUGUUCUGGACUGCAACAUUCUACCCUCUCUAGUACAGUUAUUGGCCAAACAAAAUCGUCUGACUAUGAUGAGGAAUGCAGUUUGGGCUCUGUCUAACCUGUGCAGAGGGAAAAACCCACCCCCAGAUUUCGCCAAGGUAUCACCAUGUCUAAGUGUUCUCUCCUGGCUGCUGUUUGUGAACGAUACCGACAUUCUGGCCGAUGCAUGCUGGGCUCUUUCUUAUCUCUCUGAUGGACCCAAUGAGAAGAUCCAGGCUGUCAUUGACUCAGGAGUCUGCCGCAGACUAGUGGAACUACUGCUACAUGCAGAAUAUAAAGUGGUGUCCCCUGCUUUAAGAGCUGUGGGGAACAUUGUCACGGGAGAUGACCUGCAGACUCAGGUGAUUCUUAACUGCUCUGCCCUGCAAAGUCUCCUUCACCUGCUGAGUAGCCCGAAAGAGUCCAUUAAGAAGGAGGCAUGUUGGACUAUUUCCAAUAUCACAGCUGGGAACCGUGCACAAAUACAGAUGGUGAUCGAUGCAGACUUGCUUCCCCCAAUGAUCCAUAUCCUACAAGUAGCCGAGUUCCGUACAAGGAAGGAGGCAGCCUGGGCAAUUACAAACGCUACAUCUGGUGGCUCUGCUGAGCAAAUCAGGCACCUUGUUGAUCUUGGUUGCAUCAAACCCCUAUGUGACCUCCUGACACUGAUGGAUUCAAAGAUCGUACAGGUGGCCCUGAAUGGCCUGGAGAACAUCCUACGACUGGGUGAGCUUGAAGCUAAACGAGGAGGAGGCAUUAACCCCUACUGCGGCCUCAUUGAGGAGGCAUAUGGACUGGAUAAGCUGGAGUUUCUUCAGGGCCAUGAGAACCAGGAGAUCUAUCAGAAGGCCUUUGACCUGAUCGAGCGCUUUUUCAGCACAGAUGAUGAGGAUCCGGCUCUGGCGCCUGCUGUUGACCUCCAGCAGCAACAAUUCCUGUUCCAGCAGUGUGAGGCUCCGAUGGAGGGUUUCCAACUUUAACAUCUCCCACCCCCUCUUCUCCAAGCAGUCCACCCUGGAGGGUGAGAGAUGCCCUUCUGACCCAACAGAGCGAAGGAUUCAAUAAAUGAAAAUUUUUAAUUAGAGUGUGAUAUACAAGAGCUUGUGUUGCCGGUCAACCCAUUUUCCCCUCUUGUCCUACUUCCCUGGUUUCAUUGGCACGACGGAUGGCUCCAGGACAAUGGUGACAUCAUCCCAGAUGCAGAAAACCUGAUGAAAACAUGACCAGUAGACCCCUAGAUAUGACCUAAAUAUCUUACACAGAUACUUCACUCCUUCAUAUCCUGUAUUAAACUUUCAUUCAACUCUAAGAAAAACAAGCAACGGGAGCCCUGUACCAAGAAAUCUGGAAAACCGCAUCCAGUGUUGUGUUGACAGAAGCUGGGAACUGACUUUGACAAGGGAUAUUCUUUUCUGUUGUAAAACACUGGACUGACCAUGUGACUGUGUUUGCAUGUCCCCAAAUCCCCCCCCCCAAGUGGCAUGGCCAAUUUGCGCUGAAGAACUGAAAAGACGUCUACUGAAGGCAAGGCACUUUUACCUUCUCAUUUGACCCAUACAAUUAAAAGACAGCCAGACGCACUGAGGGGUCCAGGCUUUCUGACUGAUGGUGCCAGUCAGACAGCCUUUUACUUUUGACAUGCAUUAAACAUGCAUUCCAACAAUCACUGAACUGUGCAGGUUCUGCCUCUCCUUUUGGGGUUACAUAUUUGCACCUUUGGAAUUCCGGGAGUCAGAGGCUUCCCACUCACUGAGACUGCUAGACACACAAAAGCCAGGAAAGACAAACAAAGUUUCUGUUCGUAUGUCCUGUGCAUUGGACCUUUUGAUACUUCAAGAGGACAAUUUCACAUGAGGAUCAUCUUCAUCAGCACUUUACGUUCAGAACACCCUUUGUUUUAAUUAAAACUUCUGUAGUGAGUUUUAGGCCCAAAGUCACUUCUCAGGAUAUUGAGAUAUAAAGGUGUGAUGCAUACCUUAAUAAUUACAGGAUGUAUUUACACCAAGUAUUUAAGAGUGUGUUCUCAUUGCCUCAUCCCGGCUGAGAAAAAUCAACCCCUUCAAAGCUUCCACCAUCAAUAAGUGACAUUUUAACAAGCUGAUGAAAAUUGAGAACUGAUGAUAAAAAGGCUUAGCUUUCUGAUGUGUGUUUUUGUGAGAGACAAACUUUAAUAUCUAAUCAUGCUGAAUUCACACAAACACAUUCAGACACAUCAUUUUCUGAACAGCUAGAAGAACUUUUAGAUGUAAAAUACAGAGCAGAAAUCUGUGUUCAAUUGAAAACAAUUCUGUUUCAUUUUAUUACAUUUUGUGGGGACUAGAAUCUCUUAAUACCGAAGGUGCCAUAAUUCUUAUUUUAAAAUGACAAACAACAAAACAAACUUUUAAAGACGACUGAAAAUAAUAAAAAAUGACUGGGUAUUAGCUCAAAAGAUAUGAUUGUUUACUACAUUCUUAUUUCAAUGUCAGAUUCUUCCCAAGAGAUGACCAGCUCUUUGUGUUCAAUACUACUGUCCUAUUGAAAUUGUGUAACUGUUCUCUGUUACGCCAUUUGCAUAAAUGCCGUUUCAUGAAUUCCAGUGGUCAAGACAUUUAAUUUAGUGUCUGUUAGCAUAUUAGUAGAUUUUCACUCAUCAUUGACACUUGUCAGUGUUACACUUUAAUUUUUACAUAUACUCAAUCUACUUUUUGACUAUGCAUA